GGCAGAGCGUCAGGGUGCUCUUUGAUAGCCCAACACAGUUGGCUCAACCCCUCUGUGUGGGGGUAGAGAGAGAGAGAACGAGGUGUACAGGGUGAAUUCUGCGUGUAGGAAAAGAGAAAGAAACAGAGGGCCCUUUUCUCUAGAUUUACCCGUGGAAGGGAAUGAACAAACAGACGAAAAAGAAGAUAAGGAACAACCUUGCCAUUGAGAAUUGUCUCGAUUAAACGUGCCUCAAGUUCUGCCCUUGUUCUCCACCUCAAUAACAAGAAUCUCUUUCUCUCUUAAUCUCUGAUUAACGCCACUCUGACAAAAACUCAGUGGAGUUCAGUCUGACUGGAGAGGAAAGAAAUCAUCAUAACUAUCUGCCCUGCAGGAGGAAGACGUAUCUUUAAAGCCCCCACCCCUUCUUCCCCUGCCGUCUCUCCAUUAUGACCUUGCUGGCAUCUGAGAGGUCACUGCUCAUACGCAAUAAGUUUCGCUCAGUUCUGCAGUUGAGAAUACAGAACCGCAGACAGCAGAAUGAACUUAAUGCAGAGUCUGGUACAAAGGCUUCUGUCCCUGAUAAAGUUGGGGAGAAAGAAGCCAGCAGUAGUUUGUGUCAGAGUGAAGAUGCUGCCACUCAGAAGUCGCCCCCUAGUGGUCUGACUGCUCAAACUGCACCAGACAGGAGCAGAGCUCACAGGCAAAAGAAAGCCCGUCUGGUUGAGGAUCUGAGUGAGAAAAUCCAGAGUCAGUCUUUACAACUUGAACUCCUGCAGAGGCAUAUUCUGCCUCUAGAAAACACUUCUUCAUUGCCAUCGGAUGUCUUUGAAGAUGACAACUCCUCUUCUGCCUCUGCAUCUCCCGAGCAACUCGGGAUGCGCCAAUCUCCUGGCUUAUCAUCAUCACCUGGGCACGGAGGUGACCAAUCGCUGAGUGAUGCGUCAUCUGUUGCUACGCCCAUCAGCCCAAACAGUGUACAGCAGUGCAGACUGGCAUUGAUCCCGGCAACCGAGUGCAUGAGCCAACCAAUGACCAUGACAGUAAUGGGGUCAAACUCCAUAUCAACAACUGGGAGAUCCAAAGGGUUGUAUGUGCCCUCCCAGACACCACCAUUGCUGCCAAAGACAGCACAGCCUUCAGCUCCAUCUUCUCAUUCCAUUCUGGGUGGGUCCUUAACUUCAUCCCGCCCUCCAAGGCCACGAAAGCCUCGUGAUUCAAAACCUAAAAUGAGGAAGUUGAAAUACCAUCAGUACAUUCCCCCAGAUCAAAGGACUGGGACUGGGAGCGGAGCUGGAAGUGCUUCACAAAAGCAAAAUAGCAGUCAGGCUCCAUCCACUGAUUCCUCUUACUCCAACCUCUUGCAACAACAGCAGGUGUACUUACAACUACAAAUUCUUAACCAGCAACAACAGCUCCCUGUGACUAACAGGUAAGCCUUCAAACAAAGCACUAAUGAAAUAAUCAA